AUGGUUGGUAAGGAAUUGGUUACCGGGGCUGACAAUUUCGAAGGCAUCGAACUCACCGCAUCCAGUGCUCCAACAAGAACAGGAAGCAGCACCGUAUUGGAGGGUACGGGGGAUUUGGGCGUUGAGGAACCACACAGCAGGCAUAUCACCAUUAGGACCAGAGGCACCAGAAGCACUGGGCAUGGAGAACUCGAAGACGAAGACCUUGUCAGCACCUCCGAAUCCGUGGUAAGCUGGAAUACCGGGACGGUAGUAUCCACAGUCGUCUCCGCUACAUUGGUUGCUGGAGAAGAUGACGACCUCCUCGUUGGAGUUAAGAGUCUUGUCUUGAAGGACUUGAGGACUGCUGGCACAGCUAGUACCGUCAGAACCGGCAUAAGAAAUCGAGUUACCGAAGUUCAUAUCCCAAACACCAGAUCCGGAACCACCUUGGUGGUUCAUGAAAGUGACGCCAUUAGCGGUUUGAGACGAGGAGUCAUAGUAAGCAACUUGGGUCCAAGAACCUGCCGAAGAGCCUCCAGAAGGAGAAGCAGCGCUGCUAGAUGA